CCCACCACCCUCUGCCCAUAACUCAAUCCUGUAUAUACCCACGCACUCUCUCUCUCUCUCUCUGCCGCCUCCUUCUCUCGCUUGAAGGGUCCAUGGAAGGGGCGCUUCCUCCUCCGCCUUGCGCCGCCGAUUUCGGCGGCUCCCGACUUCCGGGAAAGCAAGAAUUGGGCUGUGGCCGACCGGGUUCCCCGGCGACUCCUCCUCCGGCCUCCCGCGCCGCAGUGGGCGGGGGGCCCGAGCUCCUGGGGGGCGGCAGCAAGUUGGGUCGCCAGGAUUCGGGCGCUGCCCUCCUGGGGAAGUACCAGAUGGGGCAGCUCCUCGGCCGGGGCAGCUUCGCGAAGGUCUACCGGGCCUCGUCGCUGGCCGACGGCUCCCCGGUGGCCAUCAAGAUCAUCGACAAGACGAAGCCCAUAACGUCCGCCAUGGAGCCGCAGAUACUCCGGGAGGUGGCGGCGAUGCGGCGGCUCCAAUGCCACCCCAAUAUUCUCAAGAUCCACGAGGUGAUGGCGACUCGGACCAAGAUCUACCUCGUCAUGGAGCUCGCCUCCGGCGGCGAGCUCUUCUCCAAGAUCGUCCGCCGCGGCCGCCUGACCGAGCCCGUAGCCCGGCGCUACUUCCAGCAGCUCGUCUCUGCCCUCCGCUUCUGCCACCGGAGCGGCGUCGUCCACCGCGACGUCAAGCCUCAGAACCUACUCCUCGACGCUGCCGGCGCUCUCAAGGUCUCCGACUUCGGCCUCUCGGCGCUUCCGGAGCAGCUCCGCGACGGGCUUCUCCACACGGCCUGCGGGACCCCAGCCUACACCGCCCCGGAGGUGGUCUGCCGCCACGGCUACGAUGGCUCCAAGGCCGACGCCUGGUCCUGCGGCGUCAUCCUCUUCGUCCUUCUCGCCGGUUACAUGCCGUUUGACGACCACAACCUCGUCGCCAUGUACAAGAGAAUCCACACGAGGGACUACAAUUUCCCAGAUUGGAUCUCCAAGCCCGCGAGAUACAUAAUCCACCAGCUUCUCGAUCCAAACCCUAAUACAAGAAUGAGCCUCGAGGCUCUCAUCAACACUUCCUGGUUCAAGAAAUCCUUGAAUCCGAAGCCCCGACCGGACCAAUCCCCAGUUGCCGAACUCGAUAUGCUAGAUUCUAAACACGACGUGAUCGGGACGAUGAAUGCCUUCGACAUAAUCUCGCUGUCCUCGGGGCUGGACCUGUCGGGGCUGUUCGAGGCGACGGGUGGUGCGAAGGGGAAGCGGUUCACGUCAAGGGCGUCGGCGGAGGCGAUCGCGGAGAGGGUCCGGGACGUCGGGAGCAAAUUAGGGUUUAGUGUGGAGAGGAGGAAGGGGGGCACCAUAGGGUUAGGGAAGGGGGUCGGGUCGGUGCUGGCAGUGGAGGUGUCGGAGAUCGCGGAGUCGCUGUUGAUGGUGGAGGUGAGGGUGGUCGGCUACGGCGGAGUGAGCCUCGAGGAGGUUCAGUGGGGGGAUUGGAAGGCGGGGCUGGAGGAGCUUGUGCUUUCGUGGCAGAAGGAAGCGGCUUGAAGGCGGCGAGGGAGGCCGGGGUUUCCGAUUUUGGCGGCGGAUUUCGUGUUGGCACACACGGAUUGAAAGUUCCGGGAACCACGAGAAGUGAUGAAAACACAUGUUGGGAAAUUUUUUGGUGGGUGGGAGGGACUAAUCUUUUUGUAUAUAGGGUGGUAACAAUUUGUUCAUAGGGUUCAAUGGUUAAAGAUUUUUGUUAUAGAUUUCAAUCUUGUAGUUU